GGACCAGCGGCGCGAGGGGGGAGCAACGAAACACUAGCUUGCUAUCAGUCACAGCAGCCUCAGCUUGUCCCCGUUGCCAGGCGCAGCUGCUGGACACAAAUAUUGUUAGGUGAAACUACUGCGAAACUACUGCGUCGAGCUUUUUGAUAAUACAAUUUAAUGAAAAGGGAAUACAUUAGUCUGCUUUAAUAAACUGUGGAAGGAAACUGAUCAUCUGGAAGAGGACAAUUUUCAGGUCAGAGCUUGGGAUGGAUAACCCCAAAGUGACAGAAAUGAUUCCUAUUCUUGUCUGAGCGAGACUAUUCAAGCCAUCGACUUGGUUGAAGAUGAUGGGCGAGCGGCAAAUGCAGUCUGGAAUCUGCUGGCAUCACAGCACAACAUCGACAUCGCUGUCAGAAGACAGUUGAAGAAACUUGAGUGGACUUAUGGAAGGGCUCUUGAAGCCUCAUCAAGAGAACAUUUUUUUUGUCAUCCUAUAAAAUGAUGCCAAAGCAGCUGGCCCGCACCUCACCUGGGAGUGUGUGUUCCCUCCGUGGUAUCAGCAUCCCAGGAUCCCUAGCCGUGGCCAUCACAGCCAAAAUGGACAAUCAGGUCAUUGGCUAUAAGGACUUGGCAGCCAUCCCCAAAGACAAGGCGAUACUGGACAUCGAGAGGCCGGACUUAAUGAUCUACGAACCCCAUUUCAAUUACACGCCUCUGGAACUAUCGGAGGUGCCCCGAAGCAGAGAGAGGUCCAUGUCUCCGUGUUCAUUCUCCCACCCGGCUUCUCCUGAGACCAUUCUUUUCAAGGAUCCCAAGGAGUGGCUGGAGAGCAGGGAGUCACCUGGAGGGUCAUCAGCAGGUUCAAACCUCCAGCUCAAAACCAGCUCUGCAUUAGACACCGCCACCAAGCUCCCCACACAGCACUUUCACAGGCCAGAUAAUGGAAUGAAUAUAUACAAGAAGCCACCAAUUUACAAACAAGAUGUAUUAGCAUCCAUCCCCCAGGGGAAACACAUAGAGGAUCUCAUCAUUGAGUCAUCUAAAUUCCCUGCCGCCCAGCCACCUGAUCCCAACAAACCCUCCAAGAUUGAGACAGAUUACUGGCCCUGCCCCCCCUCCCUGGCUGCAGUUGAGACAGAGUGGAGGAAGAAGGCUGAGUCCCGGAGGAGGGAGGAGGGAGAGAGGGAUGAGGAGGACGAUGAAUAUGACAAUGGAGACCUGCCCGAUGAUAUGUGGGGACUACGGCAACUGCAGAAGCAGGAGCUCAACAAAAUUCAGUCGAACUUGGGAAAGAUAAUCUUGAAAGAGGAGCUGGAUAAAGCUGUGCCCAUCCGCAGGAAAACUCGCUCACUGCCUGACCGGACAGCAAUGCACAUGGGGUCAUCCUCCAAUGCCUCCAAAAACAUACAUUUCCGAGCAACCAGUAGGAGUGGUCAGACCAGGCUCCAGUCUGCCGAGUUCACCCAAUCUGACAGUGACAAAGGAGGACCAGGCCUCCAGAAUGGAGAUUCUCAGAGAGGAAGAAUGGACAGGGGAAACUCACUGCCAAGUGUGCUGGCUGAGAAGAUAUAUCCAUAUGAAAUGCUCCUAGUGACCCACAGGAGAAGGAAUAAACUCCCACCAGGAGUAGACAGGAUGAGACUGGAGAGGCAUCUGUCCAUGGAGGAAUUCCAGAAUCUAUUUGGGAUGCCCAUUGAGGAAUUUGAUCGCCUCUCCCUCUGGAAGCGGAAUGACUUGAAGAAGAGGGUUUCCCUUUUUUAGUGAGGAGACCUACCUACACAUCAAAAGCCACCACACUUCCUUGGGGAAUUAGAUAAACUGUCCAAUGCAACAACCCAGGAAGGGAGAUUAAAUGAAUGUCUGUCAUAUCUUUGCCAAAUCGGAUGCUUUGAAUCCCCAUUCCUUAUAUCAACUCUAUAACAACUCUAUAAAGGGUCAGAGCCUUCAUAUACUCUUGAAUUGUAGUUGCAGCAGCAGAGAAGAAACCUAAUAAGAGGACAGAGGCUUGGGCCAAGUAGAGAUUUCAUGAAGUCUUUGUAUUUGGUCCGUACUGACAGGCCCACCAAUAGAGUUAGAUUGGACUGCCCAUAUAUAUACCUACAGUAAGCUGUUUUACUGCUAAUCAAAGUUAUGGAUGGCUAAUUCUCAGUUACUAGAGCACUGCCACAUGUGAAGCCAUAUCGAUUUAUUAAUUAAACCACAAAUACCAAUAAAAUAUUUUUGUUUAUAGAAUUGGA